GGUAUAGGAAAUUUGUAAUUAACCAGAUAAUUGAAUUCAUCAAAAAAGCUGAUAGUGAGAGUUUAUAUACGGAUUUCACCAAAGACUAGUUUUUUUGAAAUUCGAAUGACACUGGGCACAAUUUUAUUGGCAAGGAACUAAUGAUUACACCUCGUUGCGAUGAAUUAUAUAAUACUCUUGAUACUGUUGGCUUCAAAUGUUCAACGAGAUAUAUUAUUCCUAGCUGCAGGAGAUACCUUAAAUCAACCAAGUGUAUGUCCUCAAAAUAAAAGGGUUAUUAGUUAUCGUGUCAUUACGCAAAAGAUACCAAGUUCAUCAACAACGAAUCCGUGUUCAAAAAUCGAUUAUCAUCGACCACCGUCAAAAGAAUGCACCAGUAGCGGCCCUACAGAAGUGCAAGUAACUAGACUCGAGAAGUAUGCGACCAACCUAACAAUUUUCACCUGCUGUAAUGGUUUCAAGCCACUCGGAAAUACAUGUGUCCCUGAUGUCCCGCCCACAGCAUCCACGGAGAAUGAUACACUAACGGUACGUUCAAAGGAGAAUACACAGGCAAACGAAGGGAUUGAUAUGGAUGUGUUUCUAAUGGCAUUUAGUAUUGUUGCUGCCGGAGUUGUUGCCGUGAUUCUAAUAAUCAUCUUAUCAGUGCAAUGCAGACGGGUUUCUUGCUUUAAAAUCACAGGGUCACACGGAGUCGUCCGAGUAACAAGACGUGAGAAAAAACGUCAUUCCCGCCAAGAGUUUGCUUUUUUGGAUUUACAGCAGCCGGGUAGUCGAUGUUCUUGUAUUGGCAUGUCAGAACACACUGAUCUUGAUGACGACACAUCAACUACCAGUUUACACAGACGUUCUCUUCCCUCGCUUUACGAAAUCCAAGGGUUUCAUGUCAAACAGAAUCAACAAUGCGAUCCAUGUCCCCUACUACACAAACCUAUUAUCCACCCCAGACCUAGGACUACCGGGGGCGCUGAAGUCCCAGAACUUACAGCCAGUCGUAAUAACCAAUUUGAUUGUGAUGACUAUGCCGUUGUACUAUCGUUUGCAAACAGUUUUAAACAAAGCACAUACGCCUCUACUAAAGAAAAUUCUUCGAGGAUCUCCGCUGACGAUUACGUAACUUCACUGAGUUCAAAAGUUGGGCACUUGGCGUCAACGUCGCGUCACGGCCACGUGUUUUCAUCCGAUUCAAGCGUUACCAACGACUACGUGACUGGGGUUAGAACGUGUCCGGAUGAUAUGGCUGUUGGUUAUGUCACAACCGUCGGUACAUCUUCAAAUUUUUCACGACCUAAGACGGAGCCUCGUCAAUUUCCAACCCAACGUUUCGCAGCCGCUGAGCUGGACAGUGUGGCAGAGUACAUCACUUCAGUUAAAACCACGCACGAUAACAUUCGUUCAAUGGUGAACCGAGACUCGACCUCUACGUAUGAUUCAAGUUACAUGACCCCAAUGGAUGCCACAAGAACACUAUCAUCCAAUGCUAGUGUUGACUACGACGAUGUUGAUCUUCUGCAAAAAAACUGUGUUUGCGGACCGUUGUAGCUAAAGUCGAAGAUAAUAGUCCAGUGGCGGAUCCAAGAGGUGGCAAAAUUGGCGAUCCUCCUCCACCGGUGUGAAAUCAUUUAAAUAAGAGAUAACAUGGCUAGAACUGCAAAGCUUUCAGGGGGCGUAGCCCCCUGGGCCCCAGCCCCAUGGGCCCCAGAACAUCCCAAAGACUUUCUUCUAUCAACCAUGAUUCUGCGCUCUUUGGACGAGGUCUUCGAUUGCCAUUCGUUCGACUCCAGUAAUAGUGUCGUGAUCCGCAACUGUACGUCGUAGAGUAAAAUCGUUUAAAAACUGAAAUUUUACCUUUGAAAAGCUCAGACGUAAUAAUUUCAAAAUGAGACACAGGUCAAGGUAUUUCUCUUCUUUUUGGCUGAUUAAAUCCAGGUUUCCAUAAAGUUGCUACACAGUCACUACAUUGCAUUCACUGCAAUCGUUGCAUUUUGUAACUAGUUUUCCCCGAGACGCAAUCAAGAAAGCUUCUCGAUUCCACUGACCAAUCAGCGUCGCCCCCCAGCUGUCGGCGAUACAGCGCGUAGCGAUUAUUAUGGAAACCAGACUUUACAGUACCGAUAUUGAUUUCUGGUAAUAUACUGACUAAUACGGGUCCUCGGAAAUAAUUAAACAUAAUAUUUAUGCGUCUGCAAUAACUUAUCGAAUACACAUGAUCGAUUAAAAGUUUAUUACUUAAAGUGUACUCUACUCAAUUAAAGAAGUAGACCUAAAUAAUUCAAAUUUUGAUUUAUAUUUUUAUUAGCUCAGACCUAUAGAAUAUUUUAAGAGGAAAAAGAUUAUUAUUAUUAUCAUAAUUUUUUCAAUUAUUAUUAAUAUUUAUUACGAAUAUGAUUACUAUUUAAUAUUAUAAACAUCAUUUAUUAUACAUAAUCAAAAAAUCAAUUUCAGUACCGGUAUACUAAGCGGAGCAGUGUAUGCACUGAUAUAGGCUAUCGUGUAAUAAUUAUCAACCUUAUAUUUAUCUUCACCAUCUUAUCAUUUAAUUAUAUCAAGGUAUUUUUAUUGAAUAUAUCAUCGCAGUACAUAGCUUGGUUAC